GGAUUCGACUAUUUUCGAUUUUUGUCGUAGCGAUGAAGGACUGAAAUUAGUACUUGCAUCAAAUAAUUUCUACAUUUUGAAAAUAUGUUUUAAACUAAUUGUAUUCAUUUACCAUCAAUAAAUAUUAAAUUAUGCUAGUGCAAAUGUAAAGAUUGAAGAAUUUAAUACGGAAAUCCAGAGUAAUUACAAAUUCUGAGAUAUGUCGCAAUACGAGGAUGUAAUCAUGGAAGACAAACUGAGUGAUGAAAACAAUAUAAUGGAUUCAGAAGUUCGUCAUAGAAUUCCAUGGAGUGAACGUGUAUUAUUAAAUAGCGAAGUACCAGGUUUACAUGAAGUUAAGGAAUUAUUUGAAGAUGAUGAUGCAAGUUGUUUAGCAGAAGAAGAAGAUGGAGUUGGUUGUCCAUUACCAUCAACUCCUGAAGAUGAUCAUCUUUUGGAUUGUGAGAUGACAGAGGUAUUAAAAGCUGGUGUACUGAGCGAUGAAAUUGAUCUUGGUGCAUUAGCACAUAAUGCUGCAGAACAAGCAGAAGAAUUUGUUCGAAAGGUUUGGGAAGCAUCAUGGAAACAGUGUCAUUUUAGAAAUCUUCCAAGAUGGUUGCAAGAUAAUGAUUUCUUACAUGCUGGUCAUAGACCACCUUUACCCUCAUUUUAUGCUUGUUUUAAAAGUAUCUUUCGAAUUCAUACUGAAACAGGAAAUAUUUGGACUCAUUUACUUGGAUGUGUAGCAUUCAUUGGCAUAGCUAUAUUUUUCAUAACACAACCACCUAUUGAAAUACAGUUAGAAGAAAAAUUGGUAUUUGGUACAUUUUUUGCUGGUGCUAUUAUAUGUUUAGGAAUGUCAUUUGCCUUUCAUACAGUACACUGCCACAGUGAAUGUGUUGGAAAGUUGUUUUCAAAACUAGAUUAUUGUGGAAUAGCUAUGCUAAUUAUGGGUAGUUUUGUACCAUGGCUUUACUAUGGUUUUUACUGUGACUAUCAACCUAAACUUAUUUAUUUAUCUGUGGUUGUAAUACUUGGUGUAACAAGUAUUGUGGUAUCUUUAUGGGAACGAUUUGGUGAACCAAGUUACAGACCAUUAAGAGCAGGUGUUUUUAUGGGAUUUGGUCUUAGUGGUGUAAUACCAGCAGUUCAUUAUGCCAUUGCAGAAGGCUGGUUCAAAGCAAUUAGUCAAGCAUCCCUUGGAUGGUUAAUAUUAAUGGGAUGCUUAUACAUCUUAGGUGCAAUGUUUUAUGCAUUAAGGGUACCUGAACGAUUUUUCCCUGGUAAAUUUGAUAUUUGGUUUCAGAGUCAUCAAAUUUUCCAUGUGUUAGUAAUUGCAGCUGCAUUUGUUCAUUACCAUGGAAUAACAGAGAUGGCUAUGUAUAGAAUGACAAUAGGAGAUUGUACAAAUCCAUCACAGGUGAUAGCUUUUUAAUUGUGCAAUGGGCAUAGUUGUGUUAUUGGAUUUCAUCUUGUAUAAAUUUAUAAAGACUUAAAGAUUCCUAAAUCUUUAUGUGUCAGUAGAUCUGUACCAUAAAAGAACUGCUGGAAACAAUAUCAUCAUGAAAAUGAAUGGCAUAAGACUUUUCUUACAUUUCAUUAUAAUUAAAGAAGAAUUACAGUAAAAUUUACAAGUAUAAUGAAAAUUUAAAAUAAAGUACAAUAUAUAAUAAUUAAGAUUAUUGAAGAUUAAAUUCACAGGAUUUAAUUGAAACUUUUUACACUUUCGUAAAUUUAAAUUUAUAAAAACAUAGUUAACAUUUCAUUAAAUAAAUAAGCUCAACGUUUCAAACGUUUGUUAUUGUAUUUACCAAAAAUUUCAGAAGUACAAAGUAAUUAAUAAUAUAACUAUUUAUACUUGUUGAUUUUUUAUGUUUUAUUUGAAUAAUUUAUUUAAAAGAUACGCCUAAUUUAUGUAAUUAAUUGCAAAUGUAUUAGACGUGAAACAAAUGCCACAUUAAAAUAACAUCGUUUCACUGUCCAACAAUGACUUCCCCCUUUGUUUUGUGCAGUUCUCUCACUUGUAAAACAAUUAUAAGUACAGAUAUAUGGCAACGAACAAAACUUAAAGUCAUUAAGAUUUAGGAACUAAUUAUAAAUACAAAUGAUUUUGUGACAUAAGCACGAUAAAAAUUGUAAUAUAUUUUGAACACUGUUAAAGUAAUGAAAACUAUAUAUUGUAAUGUUUGUGUGAACUAAAACAUUUCAGCUUCAUUUGGAUCACACUUGCAACAGAAAGUAAAACGUUGUUUUUAUUCUUUAGUUAUAUAUAUUCAAAAUUUGUAUACCAUAAUUUUGGCGAUUUAACUUUCUUUUUCAAAUAUUGUUUGUCUCUAUUAAUUCAACUUCUUAGAGAGCACAGUAUUUUGUUCUUAUGUACUCAUUCAUAUUAUCAUGAUAUAUAUAUAUAUAUAUUUCAUUGCAGUUCUGUUGAUUUUUAGUGUAAAAGAUGUUAAAUACUUUUGUUAUUGCUGUUAUUAAUUAUAGAAUCUAGUACUUAUAUAAAAGAAUAUUGUUGAACUUUUUACAUAAAUAAUUCUUGA